UCGGUAAAAUAAAAAAACAUGUUACCACUGUCUUUGUUACGAACAGCUGUCAAUCAUCCAAUGCUUGUUGAGUUAAAGAAUGGAGAAACCUAUAAUGGACAUCUAGUGAGCUGUGAUAAUUGGAUGAAUAUCAAUUUAAGGGAGGUCAUUUGUACAUCCAGGGAUGGUGAUCGGUUUUGGAGGAUGCCAGAAUGUUACAUCAGAGGCAGCACAAUUAAGUACUUACGAAUACCUGAUGAAGUCAUUGAUAUGGUCAAGGAGGAGGUUAUCCAGAAGUCAAAGGGCAGAGGGGAGAUGAGGGGUAGAGGAGGCCCUCAAAGGGGUGGAAGAGGAGGUAGAGGUGCCUUUGGAAGCCGAGGAGGUGGUCGAGGUGGGGGUCGUGGAGGUCAGCAGAGGCCAGGCAAGGGUAGAGGUGACUGACAGAGGGGCCUGAGAAGGGAGUAUGAGUGAAUCAUCUCAUAGUAUGGCUGUGGAAAGACUGGACAUUUUAGUGCUGUGUUUGAGAUGCCAUUGUUUCAUCAUUUCUUGUGUGUCACCAAACUGAUCUGAUAUGAUCAUUGCAACGGAUCAGUGUGAACAAAUCUGUUUUUUUUUAAAUGCAGUCUUUGAGCUGAUAUAAUUAUUUGAUGUAGAACUUUGUUAAAGGAAUCUCCUGAAAAUUAAAAAAAAAUUGAAAUUCU